AUGGCAAAUUUCCCUUUUUGGCGCAUCAAACAACUCUUGAUUUUUCUCCUUAUUGCGCUUGCUGCCAAUUUCAAUUAUGGAUUCUCUUCAACAUAUCUUAAUACGUCGGUGGACGAGUUUAAGAUCUUCCUGAAUAGUUCUUACUCUCGACGCGGUCAAGUUCUAACUGAAAUAGCAUUUCUGGUGGGAAACUUUUUUGCAUUUCUGGCUUCCAUUCUUCAAUGUCUAGCAAUUCUAUGGUAUUGUCCAGAACUUUUGAUAGCUUCUCGGUUUAUAACAUCGAUAUGUAUGGCUAUAAGUUAUCAGUCGUGUAUUCUGUUUUUGCAGGAAUGCUCGCCUACUAAUCUCCGUGGAAGUUUUUCAUUCCUUUCUGAAGUCUCCUAUUCCUCUAUGACUAUGGUCGGAAGCUUCCUUGGCCAGGAAUACAUUCUCGGAUUACAUCUAUUCUGGCUCUGUUUCUUCCCUGUACCCUUUUGCCUUCUAUUCACUUUAACCCUAUUUUUGCUUCCGGAAACCCCAAAAUUCUUAUUGAUUUCUAAAGAUUUCGAAGAGAAAGCGAUGAAAUCUGUGGAAUAUUACCACGGCGUGGAUUCAGAUGCCAAGCAAGUUUUAGAGGAUAUCCGGAUUGAAGCAAACUGUGAAUCAAGUGAUUCAGAAAGCUCUACAACUUUCCAAAAACUCAAAGACUUAUUCAUUGAGCCACAUCUCCGGAGAGCCUUAAUUCUGAGCAUAGCAGCGCUGGCCAAUACUAUCGGCUUGUGGACAAUGCUCUUAUCCUCUACAACUUUUUUAGAAGAUGCCAAUGUGGAAUCGCACAUCGCAGAAUGGAGUUCAACGGCGAUGAGUUUGGCAUAUGUAUUUGGAACAAUAACCGGCGGAUUUGUUAUUGAAAGAUUCGGCCGCCGAAAACUUCUUCUAACCUUCACUUUACUCAACAAUCUGGCACUUUUAGCAUUUAUAUUUUUUGCGAAAAUCCAUAAUAUCAUAGACCCGCUGAAGUAUGGAUGUAUUGGAGCGUUAAUAGCAUAUGGGUACACUUAUGGAACUGGUGUUGGUCCCAUCUCAUGGUUCAUUUCUUCUGAACUGGUCCCUCAGAAACAUCGAAGUAUCGCUCAAUCGGUUGCUGGCGCCACUGACACUAUAAUGGUCACAGUUAGCACGUUGGCAGUACUUCCAUUAUAUGAUGUAAUAGGAAGUUAUGGAUUUUUGAUUCUAUAUUCUAUUCCGUCAUCCAUAAGUAUGAUUUUUCUGUUUCGAUAUCUUCCAGAAACCAAAGGAAGAGAGAUUCAUGAUAUUGUGAAUGAGUUGAAGAAUAAAUAA